AUCCUUUUAUUUCAUCUAUUUCUGAGAUAGUUAAUUAAUUGGUGGAGUUUUGUGUCUACUCAAUGAGAUAAGGUUUUUCCAAAUCUAAUGGAAGAAAUUACUUGUUUGUUUUGGUAUAUUUGGGAAAAUCGAAACCGAGGUUUUUUUCAAGGCCACACGUUGCAACCGCAAUGGUAGUUCAAAAAGUCACGUUUCAAGCAGCUGAAUUUUGUAGAGUAAAUGGUAAAGAUCCUCUCAUUCUGUCAGUGCUACAUCUCAAGGAUGGAUUGGAAGAUAAAUUACAACAAUGGAGUCCAACAUGGGAAGAUAUUAUUAAAUGUAAUACUGAUGCUGUUGUGGAAGUUGAAAAUGGUAUUGCAGGACUGGCUGUGGUCUGUCACAAUGGUAGGGGCAUUCUUGUUAAUGGCUUUGCCUUUAAACAGUCAGUCAGUUCUGUUUUAAUGGUUGAAACUCUUGCAUUGCGAGUUGCAGUAGGUUGGGCGCGGCUGGAAAUGGCCUAAAAGAAAUCAUUUUUGAAUUAGACGGCAAGGAGCUCAUGUGAGUCAUUAACAAGAUGGUUUCUUUGCCUCGGCGAAUUAAACCUUUGGUGCUGUCUAUAUGGGAGUUGUGUGAGGCUUUCUCUUUUUGUGAAUUUAACUACGUAUGUAGAAAGGCUAACUCUGUCGCAAAUUGGGUCGCCAACUGGUGUCCCAAGGAUAUGUACCCUUUCUACUGGGCUAUGAGUGUACCUGCAACGCUAUGUAGUCUUUUGCAUACUGAUGUAAAUCAUUGUUGAUUAAAUAAUACAAGUUCUC